CACCGUUCUAUAUUAAAUUCCCAUUUCAUCCAUCCGGCGGCCCAAAAGUGCUGCCUCGAGGGGCUCUGCCCUGCCCAGCACACCUGGAGGGUGGGGUCGGAGGUACCUGUGCCAGCCAGCGCCGUGCUGGUCCUGGGCUCCGCCUUGGAGUGACCCUCCUGCGGCGUCGGAGUCACGCCGGAGCCACCCGGGAGGAAUGCUCCUCAUCCCGGGUGGAAUGCUGGCUAUUAAAAACCCGCGGGCUCUGCAUCCCUGCCUUUCUCCCAGCCCAGCCCGUGGGACAACCGCAUCCCUCAGGGCUGUAAUUUCCCAGGUUUAUAUUUAGCGGAGCAGGGAUAUAAAAGGGGGACCGGCCGCGCUGCCGCGAGGCUGCCGGAGCCGCGGGUGCCCCUCUCCGUGGCCAUGGACACCUCGUACCCGCGGGAGGAGCGGUCGCCCUCCAAGCGGUGGCCGCCCGCCGCCGCCCCCACGCCCCGCGACCACCUGGUUUGGGCCAUCUUCAACACCCUCUACAUGAACUUCUGCUGCCUGGGCUUCGUGGCGCUCGCCUUCGCCGUCAAGGCUCGGGACCGGAAAGUGUCUGGGGACGUGGAAGCUGCUCGGCACUACAGCUCCAAGGCACGGUGCUACAACGCCCUGGCUACGGCAGGCAGCGUGGUGCUGCCACUCCUGCUCGGUGCCCUCAUUGUCACCGGUGUCAUCCACCUCUCCAAGCUGGCCCAGGAGUCUGUUGGCUUCUUCACCUACCAGUUCAGCGGGAGCGACGACGACGACCAGUGACCCAGGGUGAAGGGCUGGUGGCACCUCCUCUGCGUCACUGGUGGCCCUCCCAAAAGGUCACCACCCCUCUCUGCCACCCACUCCCCAACCCCAGUUAUUUUUGUUUAUCCUGUGGGUUUUUUUACCUCCCGUUAUCCCGUGUGAAGCCCCAGCUUCCAUGGUCACUAUUUAAAUCAUUAAACG